AUGGGCAGCGAUCAGAACAAUGCUGAGUCUUUUCCAGUGAAGGAAGAUGUUGCACCUCCAGCAACGAAUGAUCUAAAGAAGGAAGAUGUUGCAUCUCCAGCGACGAAUGGUCAAAAGAAGGAAGAUGUUGCAUCUCCAGCGACGAAUGGUCAAAAGAAGGAAGAUGUUGCAGCUCCAGCGAAGAAUGGCCAUAAGAAGAAAGGUGCCGCACCGGAAUCACAUCCCAUCGAAAACAUAGUCUUGCUUGGGCGUACUGGGAACGGAAAAAGCGCUACGGGGAACAGCAUCGCCAGACAAAAGGUGUUCCUCGCGAAAGCACAGGCAUCAGGUGUAACAACGGAAUGCCAGACAUUUCGAGCUGUGACACCGGAAGGCCCAAUACUCAAUAUAAUAGACACUCCUGGUCUAUUUGAUAUGUCGGUGGAAGCCGAAGUUAUAAGCAGAGAAAUUGUUAGAUGCCUAACUCUAGCGGAAGGAGGGAUACAUGCUGCAGUCUUAGUUUUGUCAGCUAGGACUCGGUUUUCAAAAGAGGAAGAAAUGGUACUUAGUACCUUGCAGGUUCUUUUCGGGAGCAAGAUUGUUGAUUAUCUCAUCAUCAUUUUCUCUUCGGGGGAUGUGCUAGAGGACGAUGGUGUGACACUGGACGAAUAUUUGGAAGAUUGUCCCGAUUACCUAGCGAGAGUUCUGAUAUUGUGCGGCCAACGAAUGACCCUGUUCGAUAACAGAACCAAGGAUCCUGUCAAGCAGACAAAACAAGUCCACGAGCUUCUCAACCUGAUCGACCUGGUCAGAAAGCAGAACAAUUAUAGACCCUAUACCGAUGAGAUGUACCAUAAGAUAAAGGAAGAGAAUGAUAGACACAAGAGAGAACAAGAGGCGCUUGAAGCAAAAGGGCAUUCCGAAGAAGAAAUCAAAGCUUUAAGGAAGCAGUUAGAGAUAACGAAAGAAGAGAACUUCAAGGCAAUGACAGAGAUGAUGGAGAAACAAAUCAAAAUGGCUGCAGAAGCACAGGAGAAGCUCUCUGAGAUCAAAGAGAAAGCCGAGCACAAGAUCUAUGCGCAAAGAGAUAGAUCGCAGGAGCUGAGAAACCGUGAAAAAAAGGAAAUGCAGGAAUAUUUAAAUAAGAUGAACGACCAAAUGCGUAAGAAUAUGUCAGAGAUGAUGAGGAAGGAGGACGCUGGGUGCAACAUUCUGUAACCAACCACCCUGCGCUUUCAAUUUUCUUUUUUCAGUUUCUUUUUCAUUUCAGUUAUUUCCCUAAGUGGAUUGGGAUAUUCGUUGCCCUAAUCCUUGUUUGUUUUGCUUCUUGUUUGAAUCAUAACUAUCUGCUUAAUUAUGUGCUUU